AUGUCCGGACGCGGCAAGCAAGGAGGCAAAGCCCGGGCUAAGGCCAAGACUCGCUCUUCCCGCGCCGGGCUGCAGUUUCCCGUGGGCCGCGUUCAUCGCCUGCUCCGCAAGGGCAACUACGCCGAGAGAGUGGGAGCCGGGGCUCCCGUCUACCUGGCCGCGGUACUGGAAUACCUGACGGCUGAAAUCUUGGAGCUGGCGGGCAACGCAGCCCGGGAUAACAAGAAGACGCGGAUCAUCCCGCGCCACUUGCAGCUGGCCAUCCGCAACGACGAGGAGCUGAACAAGCUGUUGGGCAAAGUCACCAUCGCCCAGGGAGGCGUCCUGCCUAACAUCCAAGCCGUCCUGCUGCCCAAGAAGACCGAGAGCCACAAGCCAUCUUCAACAAAGCCUACGCACUCUGUCACCCAACCCCGCUACAAACUGUGCCCUGGAACGUCCUGAAGGAGAAGCUCAAGGCUCACUAUGAGCCAACCCUAACCAAAUACGCCCACCGGUUGGAGUUCCGCCGGCGGUUGCAGCGUAAGGGAGAGCCCAUCUGCGACUACAUCGUUGCUCUGCGGGAAGCGGCGACCGAUUGUGAGUACGGGGACAACUUGGAUGACGCCCUACUCGACCAAUUUAUAUACGGGGUACGAGAUACCCGACUCAGGCAGCAGCUGUUCUUCAAGCAUAACCUAACCUGGCAAGCAGCAAUCGACGAAGCCAAGGCACACGAACUUUUCUAGCGAGGCUACAAGGAUUGUUUUCAGUUCCUUAAAGAAUGCCUAGAUGGAUUUUAUCGAAGACAAACUGACUUUUUAAUUUGUUCUUUCAAAUCUCUCAACAGGGUGUUCUAGACUGUUUCUCCAUGUCAUAUAAUAUAUGUGGGUAUAUGCAUAAUUUUGUACUUAUUUAGUCAUGUUACAUUAUUCUAAAUUCAUUAAUAUCGAUGUUGCUACUUA